GGAGCAGCGGGGCGAAGACGGCGCUGGGCGCGCGGGGUAGCAGGAGGCCCCGAGCGGGCGGGCGAGCGCCGAACCCAGCCCCGCCGCGCCGCCGGGAGCGAUGCUGCCGCUGCUCGCCGUCUUGUGCGUCUUCUCGGGAGUCGAGGUCGCCUCCGCGCAAGUCCUCCAGACCCGCUUCAUCGAAGAACCAGAGGACCAGACGGUGGUGGCCGGACAGAAGGGCGUGCUGUCCUGUGUGGUGCUGAACUACUCCGGGAUCGUGCAGUGGACCAAAGAUGGCCUGGCUCUGGGGAUGGGACAAGGCCUCAAAGCCUGGCCACGCUACCGGAUCAUCGGGGCGACGGAUUCCGGCCAGUUCAAUCUGGAGAUCACUGAUGCAGCUCUCUCCGAUGAUGCCUUAUAUGAAUGCCAGGCCACAGAGGCUGCCCUGCGAUCACGGCGUGCCAAGCUAACAGUCCUCAUUCCUCCUGAAGACCCGGUGAUUGAUGGGGCCCCCGAGAUCUUGCUCCGUGCGGGCACACCACACAACCUCACCUGCCGGGCACAAAAUGCCAAGCCCGCGGCCACAAUCAUCUGGUUCCGCGAUGGGUUGCCACAGUCCGAAGCUGCUACUGCCACGGAAGUCUUAAUGGAUGGGAAGAGAGAGACCACCAUUAGCCAACUGCUCAUCACGCCCACCGACCUGGACAUUGGGCGAGUCUAUGUGUGCCGUUGCAGCAACGAUGCCAUCCCUGCAGGCACGGAGGCCUCCAUCAAGCUCAACGUUCACCAUCCUCCAACGGUGACGCUGUCCAUUCAGCCACAGACGGUGCAGGAAGGAGAAAGAGUCACCUUCACCUGCUUGGCCAACGCCAAUCCAGAAAUCAAAGGCUACAGGUGGGCCAAAGGUGGAACGAUUAUUGAGGACGCCAAGGAGAGCAAAUACGAGACGCAGGUGGAUUACACCUUCUUCACAGAGCCUGUCUCUUGCGAAGUGCGCAACGACGUGGGCAGCACCAACGUCAGCACCCUGGUGGACGUCCAUUUUGCUCCUCGCAUCGUGGUGGAUCCAAAGCCCCUGACCACCGAUAUUGGCUCAGAUGUCACCUUGACCUGUGUGUGGACCGGGAAUCCUCCACUGACCCUCACCUGGGCCAAGAAGGAAUCCAACAUGAUACUUGGCAACAGCAACCAGCUGUACAUAAAGUCUGUCACGCAGGAAGACGCAGGGCUGUACGUCUGCAAGGCCAUUGUGCCACGGAUCGGGGUGGGCGAGCGUGAAGUGGCCCUCAUUGUCAAUGGUCCGCCGAUCAUCUCCAGCGAUUCCAUCCAGUAUGCUGUGCGGGGUGACCGAGGAAAAGUGGAAUGCUUCAUUGGGAGCACGCCCCUCCCCGACCGAAUCGCCUGGGGCUGGAAGGAGAACAUCUUGGAGAUGGGGACCUUGGAGCGCUACACUGUCGAGCGGAGCAACACGGGUGAUGGGGUGCUCUCCACCCUCACCAUCAACAACGUGAUGGAGGUGGAUUUCCAGACACGCUACAACUGCACUGCCUGGAAUGCCUUCGGUCCGCGGACAGCCAUCAUUCAGUUGGAGGAGAAAGAGGUUCUGCCAGUGGGCAUAAUUGCUGGUGCCACCAUUGGAGCUGGUAUUUUGCUCAUCUUCUGCUUCAUCGCGCUGGGCUGUUUCCUAUACCGACGUCGCAAAGGGAGCCGAAAAGACGUGACCCUGCGUAAGCUGGACAUCAAGGUGGAGACGGUGAACCGGGAACCCCUGACGCUGCACACGGACCGCGAGGAGGACACGGCCAGCGUCUCCACCGCACCGCGGGUUAUGAAGGCCAUUUACUCGCCCUUCAAGGAUGACGUGGACCUGAAGCAGGACUUGCGUUGUGACACGGUGGACACGCGGGAAGAAUAUGAGCUGAAGGAUCCUACCAAUGGCUACUAUAAUGUUCGUGCCCACGAGGACAGGCCGUCUUCCCGCACAGUGCUCUACACAGACUACCGCGCCCCUGGCCCGUCUCGCUACGAUGGGCGGCCGUCUUCACGCCUCUCCCAUUCCAGUGGCUAUGCUCAGCUCAGCAGCUAUGGCCGCGGCCCUGCCUCUGACUACAGUGGAGACCCAGUCCCGGGGCCCACACCGGGCACGGCCACUGCUGACACGGCCAGCCAGCUGUCGUACGAAAACUAUGGGGGUCAUUCGGGCUUUCCCCCAAGUGCCAGCUAUGCCACCUACCGCCUAGGCUACAGCCAGCCUCCACCGCCCACCCUGGACCGGGCAACCUAUGAUACAUACGACCCCCUGGGAAAGUACACCGCAUCAACCCGCUUUUCGUACACCUCCUCAGACUACGGGCAGCGUUUCCAGCAGCGCAUGCAGACUCACGUCUGAAGUGGGUGUUGCAUCCUGAUGGGUGCAGGUACCUCAUGACUGCCCCCUGAUAUUCAGGGGGCUCUUUCCCUCUCCUCCUCCCCAGCCUCUUUCCAGGCUGGACUUGUGGACAAUGCAGAGCAUGGCACCUGCUGCCCGGUUGAGGAUAAUGCGGUGGCCGCCGAUCCAGCUGCUCUUCUGCAGUUUCUUCCUUGCUGCUUUAACUCUCUGACGGUUCUUUUAUGAGGGUCCAGAUUCUGCAGACACCCCAUCCUCAAGGGCUCCCCCUUUCCUCUUUGUAAAAGACAGAUAAGUGGGGAGGGCAAUGGAGCCCCCACAGAGCAGUAAUUAUCUCUAUCCUGCCUCUGUUGAAACUUAUUCUCCAUCUUACAUGCAGAAGAGGCAUCCAUUGGCAGCCCCAGGCAAAAGCAGCGGGCAGCCUUCCAUUCAUGGGAUUAACAGGAGGUCAGCCCAGUUCGGUACAGUGAGGCCUAGUGGUUGGAGGUAGCCACCAAAUAGGGGGGCAUCCGUUGAGUUUCAGCCCUGGUUUUUUGGAGAAGCCAGGGUCAGGCCAGCCUUGGGUGCAACAGCUGCCUCCUUAAAGCCCCUCUUAAGAGAACUGGUUUGCACUUGGGUGACGCUGUCUGGGAACGAUCAAAACUGAAGUCUGCAUCCCUUCCGGACCCCCGAUGGAGUGAAAGUCUUGCCCACCUUGGCCACAGCUGUGCAUUGUGCAAAUUUUGGUACGAAAUGGACUCCUUGGGGGCGAUUCCUCCCCCCUUUCUCUUUCAGGAAAGUGUCCAUAAAACCUGCAUCCUGUGGGUCCUGGACAGGGCAGUUAUGGGGGGGGAGGAUGGGACUGCUCUCAGGUGCCCCCCCACCCACUCACAAGAGCGGACCUGCCUGCCAGCCAGGAGGGCCUUUGCAAGAUGUGGCACUGUGGGUCCCUCCCCCAAGCCUUCUGCCACGGUAGCCAGUAGCCAUCGUGGAGGAAGCCUCUUCUGCACCCUCCACCCACCCUCUUGCUUGAACCCCCUCCUCUGGGGCAGCCUGGUUGCAGCCUGCUGGAGACUGGCCUUUGGCCUCCAUUCUCCCACAUGGCCACCUCCUUACAGGCCUGUCCCAUCCCCCGCAGGAGGGCUCAUGGCUUCUUUCUGUCUCCAGCCUGGACCCCCAGCUGUUGCAGAAGGCUGACGAAAGCAUGCUGUGGGUCAUUGUGUGUCUGUGCAGACAAUUCACUCCAACCCCUAUUAUCCUGUCCUCCUUGUUAGGGGGUGACUGCAAGCCCUUCGGUCUCCUGUGCCUUAAAACUCUUGCUCUGGUGCACCCACUAGGAAGGCAAAGCAAGUCGUGGGGGGGAGCUCCUUGGCACAGUUCAUAUCUCAGGUGUAUAGCAGGACACAUAACUGGGAAUCCACCUUCUUCCCCCCCCCCAAACCAAUGGUACCCAAGUCCUUUGCAUGCUGCUUCUUCUGGUAGGUACUCUGGAGCCCUCUGCACUUGCCUGGGAACAGCUCUCUGAAGAAGUGCAUUGAGACAGCGCCCUCUUCUGGCUGGUUCUGGGAAGUGUCUCUUUCUGCAGCUGAAUGGAUGUUGGUGCUAUUUGGGGUCCCGCUUUAUCAGUCCCCUGCUGCCCCAGUGCAAUGGGGCUGGAAAAUCCAGGAAGGGCCUCCAUUGGAUCUAAGGGCACUUUCCAAGGGGUGUUUCCAGUGCUCCUUUCUAAGAUUGUCAGGGUGCCCAUUUUAGAGGUACCUUCUGCUCGGUUCUCCUCGGGGAACAAGAGAAGUGAGUUUGGUGGUUCAGGGUGCAAAAUCUUCCAGAAUUGCUACUCAUGUUGCACUUCUCCCAUCUUUCCUGGAGAGGGCGAGGGAGCUGCAGAUCAGUCUCACGUUGCAAGUUGCAGGGAAGUUGCUGUGUGCCGAGUUGGGCAGCAGACCCACCCGCCCCACCUCCCUUUUUUGCCAGAGGUGCCAGGAAUAGAGCUCCUGCAGCAUCUGCCCUCUGCUCACCAGGAAGUGGAGAAAUGGGGGAGUUGAAGAGAGGGGACAGGGCUCUGCGCCAAAAGCAACAAAGUCCACCAAUUCUAAGCCCGUGGCUGCAUUCACACAACCUGCCAUGCGCAUAGCCUCAUUCCUGAAUGAGCCCAUUUCCAGUUUGAAAGGCCCAACAGCCUGGGUUCAUACAACUUGCUUGGCUGCAAGCAAAUCAGCAUUAACAUUGGCCAAGUUUGUCAUGUAUGAAUGCAAUUGCUGGAUCCUCAACAGUCAUGUGAACGCAGGCAGUCUCAGCCACCAAUCAAAAGGAGAAACUGCCUCCCUCCCUACUUUCCCCCCCCCCCUUCAUGGACAUCCAGAAUUUGAGCAAUAACUAAUUACAGCUCCAAAACGCACGUUGCGAUCAGAGCCCUGGGCCCCUCCGGCUCUUUGGGCGCCAGGUGAGGGCGUGGGGGAGAGGGCACCUCCAGCGUGUUUUUUUUCUUUUCUUUCCCAGAGACACACAUUCGUGAUUGUCCGAUAACUUCCUUCCCUCACCUCAUUUUUUUUAAAAAAAAUGUUCCUUUUCUCAUUCUUAAAAAAUAUGUACUAUAUUUUUAAUCUCAAACACAAUAUAUUAUAUAUAAAUAUAUAUUUAAUUUUUAUAUAUAUAAAGAUAAACGAUUAAAAAAUGG